GGGUCAAUUAGAUGAAACGAUGCCAUGGUGACUGUUGAGGGUCAAAUGUUUUUAAAACGCGUUAUCCAUAUUGUUAGCCAACAGUUCCAAAGACUAUCAAUUAUGUCGUAAUUAGUCCAGAAUUUUCCACUAAAUUUUAUUGUACGAAAACGAGGUGGCGUUUAUUUAAUGACGUAUAGCACCGAGCCUUUGUGUGCUGAUAGCCAAAUCCACAAAAUUCGUUAUAAAUAGUAGAACAGUUUCCUCUUACGAAAAGGAAAAAUAGAUAUUCGAUAUGAAAAAAAUAAUGUUGAGUAAAACUGUUCCUCUCGAUGAAGGAAGAUAACGUUUGUAAAAGCACAAUGUCAAUAAAGUUUUCCAGUGCUUCGAGUGUCACGUGAGGACGGUAGGAAAAUCACGCAUGCGCACUGUGCGCACUGACUUGUAAACACAACGUUCCGCCAUGACAGUGAACCGGACGCAUCCACGUUGUCGUCAGAUCUGAUUUGUUUGGCCGCUCCAUGUAAACAAGACUGCAGAAGCUCCCGUGAGUUGGACUUUUCCCCACUUUUCCAAUCAGUCAUCUGAUAUCCUUUCACCAUGGCGCAACCGGCAGAAAAAGAUUACUAUCGCUUCGUGGUGCUGUUCUUCAACUGCCUGUUGACGUUCGGCUCCUACUUCUGCUUCGACAUGCCCAGCGUUUUGCAAAACCAGUUUCAAGGGAACCUGACUUGCCCCAACGCGACAGUGAUCAACGGGACGGCGGACUGCGUGGAGGGCUUGGGGAUGACCCCCCAGGAGUACAAUCUUCUUUACGCUAUCUAUGCGUGGACGAACGCCGUCGUGGUGAUCCUGGCUGGCUUCCUGAUCGACAAAUUGGGGAACCGAUUCGGCGUCUUCCUCUUCUCCUUCCUGUGCGUUUUGGGCUCCUCCCUGUUCGCCCUGGGCUCCCACUUCAAAGGAAGCGCCUACCUGCUGCCGCUCAUGCUCACAGGGCGGCUGCUGUUCGGAUCGGGCAACGGAUCCCUGACCAUCGUGCAGAACCGCAUCACCGCCUUCUGGUUCAAGGGGAAGGAACUGGCCUUAGCCUUCGGACUGACCUUGGCCUUCUCUCGCUUGGGCUCAGUCCUCAACUUCUUCCUCACGCAGCGCUUUGAGGAAAGAUUCGGCAUGCAGUGGACCCUUUGGGGCGGCGCCAUCUUGUGCGUCCUGGGUUUCACGUCGGCCAUCGUAGUCAGCUCCCUGGACAAGGUGGGAAUGAGGCAGCUCGGUCUUGAAGGCGUCAUCCAAGAGGAAUCGCGCAAAGUGCGAAUUCAGGACGUGAAGCAGCUGUCGCUGAGAUACUGGCUGCUGGUUCUCACCAUCAUGUUCUUUUAUAACGGAAUCUUCCCGUUCAUUGCGGACGCCAGUAAAUUCAUUCAGGAUAAGUACGACGGCUACGCUCAGAAGGAGGCCGCCUACAUCGCUGGCGCCGUUUACGACAGCUCACUGGUCCUCUCGGCCAGCGUGGGCAUUCUCAUAGAUUACGUGGGUCUGCGAGGGAUUUUCGCCGUGUCCUGUGCCGUCCUCACGCUGCCCGUCUUCGGACUCCUGGCCUUCACCUUCGUGGCUCCUCUGGUCUCCACCAUCUGGCUGGGGGUCACCUACUCCUUUGCCGCCGCGAGCAUGUGGCCAUCCAUCCCUCUCGUGGUACCUCAAGCGACCAUCGGCACGGCCAUGGGCCUCGCGACCUCCCUCCAGAUGAUCGGGAUCGGUAUCGCCAAUCUUGUCGUCGGGCAGAUUCUGGGCACCAAGACCAGCGACACCAAGAUUCCGCUGUGGCGGUGGCAGAGGAUGAUGGUCUUCAUGUUGGCCAACACCAUCGCCUGCAUCGUCACCUCGGUGCUGCUCAACAUCGUCGAUCACAGACAGGGCGGGACUCUGAACAAGCUGACCAAAAGAUCGGCACAGGCGGAACGAGAGAGCGACGCGGCGUCGCUCUUGCGCGGAGAGGAAGUUGGGAGCGAUGAUGAGGGGGAGGCCGUGCCGCCAUCGCCCUCUGUCAAUUCCUGACU